AUGGCUCAAAUACCCCGGUCUCUGUGCUCUUGCAAAGCUGGAGAUCUGGGCCCCCCGCCAUUGCUGGCCUUGUCCAUCAUUUGCAUUUUAGGUCUGUUGCUCAGCGUGGUUAGUGCUCGCGUCUUUGAGCCGCAUAACGUACAUUACACCGAGCCCGCAACGGGGUUGAAGUCUCAUUAUAACGGCACUGCUGUUCCGCCGUUGAUGGACAUUGAAUUCGAUGGCUACGGCCUGAUUUCGAGCAACCUGAACGCAGGCACUCCAAACGUCCCAUGGCAGGUUGCAAGCUAUUCGUUUCUUCCCAUAGAAACUAGCAACCUAGGAGACACCGGGUCCGUGGACCUCGAUUAUGAGGCAACCACCGCUGGUAUCGGCGCCGCUUUAGAUUGCCGGCCAGUUCCAUUCAACCAGACAUGGCAGACUGAUGGAUCUGGAUCGGGGACAUGGAGUUAUAUCACACAUUUGGGUGAUACAUGCACAGUGAGAGCACCAUAUGCCGCAGAGGGCAACCGUUUCAUCGAGAGAUCUGUGUACUACCUUCAACCAGAUGAGGCAUCUUCGGCGAAGCCCAGCUGCGCAACAGCUUUGUUCAUUGUGGCUCGCUGGGAGACGAUGGAAGCAUCGCCCAACAACCCGCAAAACUCGCUGGGUUUGUAUUGCGAGCCUUCUAUUUCGAGUGCGGACUUUGAUGUUGUCUUCGAUUCCCAAGGCAUCGUCUCUUCGUAUGAGCUAUCAUCCGUCUCGAAUGCGGAUCAUGUGCAAAUGACAGACUCUGCGACGAUUGUGUCGCAAUUCAAUCAGGCAAUUUCUGGGCCGAGACAGACCUAUCCUUCCCAGCGGAAUUGCUCCUUCAGCCAGUACGACUGGCCCGGUAUGCUUACUGCAUGCAUUCACGACCGGUUGAACCCCAGUACCUUACGAGCCUUUGAUUCCGGACACCUGGCUAGAGCCGCGGAGCUUGCUUAUCAGCAGAGCUUUAGCACCUAUCUUACCAUGAGUCGCGACCUCUAUUUCCCAAGAUAUUCGGCAUCAGCAGCGGUGUCGGUCCAAGGCACUGUCCUUCGGAUCCUGUGGGGUCUCAUUCCGUCGAUUCCAUCCAUGAUUCUUGCGCUGGUCCUUCUAGCACUGGACCUCAUAGUUCUGGUUGUCGUGGUCACCACACGAUAUACCUCUUUUCGCGCACCCCGUGUGCCCAAGUCGAUCGGGUGUUUGAUCCCUUGGAUUGCCGAAAGCUCGAUGAAAUCCGACUUUCAAGACAUGUCUUACAUGAGCAGGCAAGAAAUACAAAAAAGACUCGAUUCUGAAGGGAGAUACUAUCGAUUCGGACUGACCCGUCGUUUGGACGGGCGAGAAAUGUGGACGCUUGACGUCGAAGACCCUGAAGAGGCUGGCUAUGAACUGAACGAGAUACCCGUUAUCUCACCGGCCAGACCUCCGUAG